UGAUUCUUCUCUUUCUCUCAGAUCAAAAUCAUUUCUUCUUCUUCUCCAUCUGUUCAUCACCAUCUCUUUCUGCCAUUUCCGCAUCCGUGAAGUUUUGUUAUUGAUGAGAAAGUAUUGGAUGAGGAAAAAGCUGUGAAUUGUGGAAUUGUGAUUGUUUCAUGGGCAACACAUGCCGUGGAUCUUUCAGGGGGAAAUACUUUCAGGGCGAGAGCCAGCCCGAGAACCUGUCCAAACGACACACUUCUUCUGACCGUUCCGUCUCCGACCACUCAACGACAAGUUCAAACUCCCAAACCCACCAACCCCAUCACCAAGACCUCCCCAAAGACACCACCGACACCAACACCAACUCCAAAACCAACCAGAAUAACGGCCAUAACAACCUCAAGAAAGACACCGUCAUGAGGAGGGGAAUAGAAAACCAGACAUACUACGUUUUGGGCCACAAAACGGCCAACAUUCGUGACCUCUACGCGUUGGGGAGGAAACUAGGACAAGGGCAGUUCGGGACAACCUAUUCGUGCGUCGAGAACGCGACCGGGGUCGAGUAUGCUUGCAAGUCAAUCUCCAAGAGGAAGUUGAUCUCCAAAGAGGAUGUGGAGGAUGUGAGGAGGGAGAUUCAGAUAAUGCACCAUUUGGCUGGUCACAAGAACAUUGUCACCAUUAAAGGUGCUUAUGAGGAUUCGCUUUAUGUCCAUAUUGUUAUGGAGCUUUGUGCCGGGGGUGAGCUGUUUGACAGGAUUAUCCAGAGGGGACACUACAGUGAGAGGAAGGCGGCUGAGUUGACCAAGAUUAUUGUUGGGGUUGUUGAGGCUUGCCAUUCUCUUGGGGUUAUGCAUAGAGAUUUGAAGCCUGAGAAUUUCUUGUUGGUUAACAAGGAUGAUGAUUUUUCCCUCAAGGCCAUUGAUUUUGGUCUCUCUGUCUUCUUUAAACCAGGUCAGGUUUUCACUGACGUGGUUGGAAGCCCUUAUUAUGUUGCUCCCGAGGUACUCCUCAAGCACUAUGGGCCAGAAGCAGAUGUGUGGACUGCUGGGGUCAUACUCUAUAUAUUGUUAAGUGGAGUGCCUCCAUUUUGGGCAGAAACACAACAGGGCAUAUUUGAUGCAGUCUUGAAGGGACACAUUGAUUUUGAAUCGGACCCAUGGCCAGUGAUAUCGGACAGUGCAAAAGACUUGAUCAGGAAGAUGCUGUGCUCUAGACCUUUGGACCGCUUGACUGCUCAUGAAGUGUUAUGCCACCCUUGGAUUUGUGAAAAUGGAGUUGCUCCUGAUAGAUCACUUGAUCCAGCUGUGCUGUCUCGUCUCAAACAAUUCUCUGCAAUGAACAAGUUAAAGAAAAUGGCUCUACGGGUAAUUGCUGAAAGCCUUUCUGAGGAAGAGAUUGCUGGUCUGAGAGAGAUGUUUACAACAAUGGAUACCGAUAACAGUGGUGCAAUCACAUUUGAUGAACUGAAAGCUGGACUGCGGAGAUAUGGCUCCACCUUGAAGGAUACGGAGAUACGUGAUCUUAUGGAAGCAGCUGAUGUGGACAACAGUGGGACUAUUGACUAUGGUGAAUUUAUUGCCGCCACAGUUCAUCUUAAUAAACUAGAACGCGAGGAACAUCUAGUUGCAGCAUUCCAAUAUUUCGAUAAGGAUGGCAGCGGUUACAUUACAGUGGAUGAGCUUCAGCAAGCUUGUGCAGAACAUAACAUGACUGACGUUUUACUUGAAGAUAUCAUCAGAGAAGUUGAUCAAGACAAUGAUGGAAGGAUCGAUUACGGUGAAUUUGUUGCCAUGAUGCAGAAAGGAAAUGCCGGAAUUGGAAGACGAACCAUGCGGAACAGUCUGAAUAUGAGCAUGAGAGAUGCACCAGGUGCUCAUUAGCAUCCAAUCGCACGUUAUGUACAGCAUCUGGAACAUCUGCAGGUUGCACAGCAAAGCUAGAGGAGAUUUGGUGGUAGGAUUUUGAGAAUCAACCUUAAUUCAUCAGCUCCCAAGACCUUGGAUCAUGUCACUGAAGAUUUUGGGUUGUGGAGUUCUAUAGAAUUUAACUCAGUGAUGUCUUUUUUAUAUUGCUGUAUGGCCAAAGAAAUAUGUUGUAAUUUUUUUUUUUCUUUGAACUCUGAAGUGUGGAAGUGUCGCAGCUAUUCAACCAGCUAAAUCAUUUUGCAGUGUUUCGUUUUGAGCCGUUCCGUCUAUAUAUAUGUUGAAGGGGGGAAAAAAAUUGACCUGCGGAUAUUGCCACUUUAUAUAAGGCCCUGCUUUUGUUUCAUGUAUGUAAAGAAAGAUUGGCUCUGCUAAUGUUUUGCACAUGCUUUUUCAGCAGUUUUUAAA